UGCGUCAUCACGCCGCGUGCGUGUCCCACGUGCAGAUGUUUACGUCCUCCUCUCGGUGACGUCAGAGCCCAGUCGUCGUCGGAUGAGAAACAUUCGCGAUGUUAAAGAUGCGGAUUAGCGCACAAAAGGCCUCGCUAACGGCAGGUGACGCGACGCGCGCAGGUGUGCCGCGCGAACGACGCGCGCGUUAACGAACGACAAAAACCGAGGGGAAAUUUAUACUAUUAGCGGAUGGUUUGAGUGUGUUUCUCCGCGUCCGUUACUCCGGCCUUUCUUCUCCUCAGUCUCACUCAGUUCCGCUCGGUUCGGGCUUUUCUUUGUUUACUCUGAUGUCAUUCGCGAUGGAGGACGCGCUGGAGUCCGGAUGGGUGUCGGUCAAACCCAAUGUUUUCGAGGAGAAGGAGAAGCACAAGUUCGUGUUCAUCGUCGCCUGGAACGAGAUCGAAGGAAAGUUCGCGGUCACGUGCCACGACAGAACCGUGCAGAAGCGGAGCGCGCUUCUCGAGGACGCGGAGCGCGCCCGCGGGCCGGUGGACACGGACCUUGACGCGGAGCUCGACGCGCGCGAGGACUUCAGCUGGGCCGGGCUCUUCUCGUUCCAGGACAUGCGUUCCGUUCACCUGCAGCUGUGUUCCGUGAACUCGGACCUGGACCCGUGCCUGCCCGCGUUCCCGGAGGAGCGCUCCGUGUGGACUCACCUGUUCGGCGCGCCGGAGAUGCGCGCACGCGACACGGACGCGCUCUGCUUCCAGCUGCAGGUGUAUCUGGGUCACGCGCUCGACACCUGCGGGUGGAAGAUCCUGUCUCAGGUUCUGUUCCCGGACAGUGAUGAUUCCGAGGAGUAUUACGAGAGUCUGAGCGAGCUGAGGCACAAGGGCUACGAGGACGCGCUUCAGAGAGCCAAGAAACACCUGCAGCAGCUGCUGGAGCAGCAGCGUGGCGUGGAGCGGAUGGUGGAGCUGCUUCAGCUGUACGGCGAGCAGGACGAGGCGUUCGGGGAUCUGGUGGAGGCCACGACUGAGCUCUACCACUAUCUCCUGCAGCCCUUCAGAGACAUGCGGGAGCUGGCCAUGCUGCGCAGACAGCAGAUCAAGAUCUCGCUGCAGACGGAGCGUCUGGGCCCUCGGCGCGUGGACUCGUUACGCAGGGAAGAUGAGGACUGGCAGAGGAAAGCUCACGCCGCUGUGCUCUCCAUACAGGACCUGACCGUCAAAUACUUCGAGACCACCGCACGCGCUCAGAAGGUGAUGUUCGAGCGCAUGCGGGCCGACCAGAGGAAGUUCGGGAAGGCAGCGUGGGCAGCGGCUGUGGAGCGCAUGGAGAAACUACAGUAUGCCGUCUCUAAAGAAACACUGCAGCUGAUGAGAGCCAAAGAGAUCUGCCUAGAGCAGAGGAAACACGGCCUGAGAGAGGAGAUGCAGGGUCUUCAGGACGGUGAGGAUGCGAUGGUGCGUCUGGAUCAUCUCGAGUCGCUUUAUUACGAGCUUCAGCUGCAGCUCUACGAGAUCCAGUUCGAGAUCCUGAAGUACGAGGAGCUGCUGCUGACGGCACAACUGCAGAGUCUGCGCAGACAGAUGAGCGAGAGGCAGGAGGAGGUGGUCUACUAUGACACGUACGAGAGCCCUGACGCCAUGAAGGCCACCGAUGACCCCGCGACACCUGUGACCCCUCUGACCCCUGCGAGGGAGGACGAGGCCAGGCUUCAGCAGAGGUCGAGGCAGCUGGAGGCUCGCAGGGGUCGCAUCACCGCCAAGAAGGCCUACCUCAAACACAAGAAGGAGAUCUGCAUCAUCAAUCACACGCAGAAGCGGCAGGGCGGCGUUUCCCAGAGUGCUUUGCUGCAGGAGGAAGAGGAGGAAGAGGAACAUCGGCUCUCCAGAGUCAGUCAGGAGAGACAGAAGACACUGGACCGACUGCGCAGCUUCAAACAGCGUUACCCGGGUCAGGUGACUCUGAAGUCCACGCGUGUGCGCCUGGCUAACUCCAGGAAGAAGGCGGGAGCGAGCGCUAGGCCGGAGACGCAGGCCGCUAGCGUUCAGACGGACGACGCUCCGGCUCCGUUACAACAUUCGUCUGGAGCGCCGGAGCUCCUCAGACCCGACAGCUUCCUGUCUCUGCCCCCGAUGGGUGGAGCUAUCAUCGAGGCCCCGCCUCCUGUGCACGCAUCACUUCCUCCCGCCCGAGAGCUGUUGCUGCUGGACUCCUCCACCUCGCCCAUCUCCCCUCCUCCGCCGCCUCCUCCCCCUCCCCCUCCUCCUCCCCCUCCCUCUCUGGAGGAGACGCCCGGCGCCGGCCCGGCUCAGACCCGGAGCCCCGUACGCCAGCCGGAAGCGGACAGUCCUCUCGGGCCGUUCACCGCGCGCUUCUUCGACAGCAGUCAGCUUCUGAACGCCAGGAAGAAGCUGAGGAAGACCUCGUCACUGGAGUCCAACCAGUGGAGGAGAGCGAGCUCCCCGAUGGACGAGGUUCUGGCGAGUCUGAAGCGCGGGAGUUUUCACCUCCGUAAAGCCGAGCUGCGGGUUCUGGCGCCGGACCCGGACGAGGACGACGAGAACAACAUCCUGGCCCAGAUCCGGAAAGGCGUUCAGCUGCGUAAGGUGCGGCGCCACGAGCGCGGGUCAGCACUGGACUCGGCCGACCCGCUGACCCGCUCCAUCCACGAGGCCCUGCGGCGCAUCAAGGAGGCCUCGCCCGAGUCCGAGUCCGAGGACGAGACCGCCGCCGGCGCCGACUGGGACAACUGA